UCCGAAUUACAUUUCCCGGUUACCUGGAUCAUUGGUAGCGAUCGACCCAAAGUCCAUCUGUUAGGUUCUUGUGGGACAAAUAUUUGUGUCGUGUCCGGAGAUUAUCAUGAUCCACCUGGCUGCUAACAGAUUCCGAGAAAUAUCACAAGGGAUCUCGAAUCAAAACAGACCCUAAUCUGGAACUGCUCUGGGGGUUUUGGCACCGUCGAAGCAAAUACAUCGUUUUCGUCUAUCAGCAAGGACUUUCAGAUCGCGCGUCGAAAAAUCAAUACAGAGGUCAUACGCACUGCAGUUUAAAGAGGUCAAUGUGACGUCAUGUGUCGCUUUAGAAAUCCCGAUAACAGUCAAGAAAUUAUUGUCAGAGAUGAUCCGAUGCAGUUAUAAAUAGCCUUGACCAACCGAGCGAGACUUAUAUCUAGAGGAGAGGACGUGAUUUCAUUGUUGAGACAGGGACAAGAGUCUUUACAGCAGAUUCACCAUACGUGUCAGUGUGUAGUGUUCAGUGGGAUCUAGUGUGGGCGCUCACGCACAGCUCCAAAUGGCGGGCACGACGAGUGAGACAGAGCCCAUGACGGGCGAGACGAGGAGAGACGUCCGCCAGAAGAGUCGCUGUCUGGGCAAGAAAUGCUGCGUGGUGUCGUUGGUGUGUUUGUUCCUCUUCCUGACCUUCAUCGCCCUUCCUGGAGGUGUGAUGUUGAUAGUGCAUGGUGGGAAGGCGAGACGGAAGGGCACACUAGCGGGAGGUAUCGUUCUUGUCUGUCUCCCAGUGCUGGCGACAAUAUGCUUAUUAGCUGCCUUCUUUGGGAGGAGAAGAAUGCAAAAGUUACGAGCCCAGAAUACUGUGACUACCACAGACCCGGUGUGAGAGUUAGUAUGUAAGGUGUGAAUGGUGCUGAUGCGACUGUCUCUGUGAGGACAUGCAUGACUGAACUGAUGCUGAGGAUGAGACAUCAGUUCUGGACUUUCUGACCUUAUUACUGUGGAUGCUACAAGGAAAGAAGACAAGGCGGCCACUGGACACUGUAUAUCAGCGAAUACCGGCCUUUUGUCACUUCAUCGUGGUCGCGUGGGUCACAUCAGGGAUGGCAACACAGGGUCAACACAGGGAUGGCAUAUCCUUCGGAUGAAGUGGAGUUGAAAUCGUGGAACACCAAAAGGACAGAAUAGUCAUAGGAAUAUGACACAGUGCGUCAAACAGUCAAAGAUAUUGUUAAUAUGAAGUUCCGAAGCAGAUCCUCAAGGCUAUAUUGACCUUAUAUAAGUUCUCUCAAUGAACCAACGACAAGCCGACAUGUAAAGGAUGCGGUUUUGCCAUUCAAGUGUUGUGAGGGAGCUUGUCUCUUAGAUCAGAGGGGAUACUUAUGAAUGUUUGACAUGAUGUGGACGUGGUUCAAGUGUCGUCGUGGAAACAAAACUUCAGUCGUCAAGUAAUGUAUUGUUUGUAUAGUGUUUCCUGUAGAAUGUGGAGUAUUGGAGUUCGUGGAUAAAGUGGAUUUGAACUCGUGUGUACAAUGAAGGAACAUCAAAAGGACGGGAUAGUGAUAUAAGACACUGUACACAUGUCCAAUCAAACAGUCAACGACCAGUCAACCACUGAAGGGACAUGUAGGGACACCUGCUGUCGAGACCUGGAUGACUGUUGAGGAACAUCUCCACAAGGCUUGUGAGGAGGCUUUUUAAGCCUCUCACAAAGACAAGGCCACAACCCGCAAGUUUGUUUAUGACUGGACAAUACUCAUCUACAAGCUGUUGAAUUUAGCAACGAAUGUGCAAAGUGUUAAAAAAGCAAUCAGUAUUUAAAGUUGUGUACAUAUGGGUAUCGGCAAACGAACAUUGGUGACGUGUAUGAAAGGGUUCGGUGACAAAGACAUUAGUUGACUGCCCUAGUGGUCAGACAGAGUGCACAACCACGUGACAGUUGUAAUGUAAGGUUGUGGUGUCACAAGGGGUCAGUGCCCGGGCCACCCACAGCGACUCCCGUCAUCUCGGACAUAAUGAUCUGUGGGAACACGCUAUUCACGCUCGAGAUACUUACAGCAUUUGAGAUGUAUUUGAAAUUACUACACCUGUAUAGGUCAAAACAGGAUCUUUUCUUUGAUUUAAUUAUUUUAUACGUAAGAAACCAAAGAAUGUUUACAGAUUGUGUGGAUAUUGAAGUACAUUUAGAAAACAUCCUGAAUAUCAGUUUAUUAAUCUUGAUGUCACAGACAAAAAAGGCAUUACCAGUAAAACACACUAGUGAGGCACUGUUUCGGUGGGAUCAAUGUGGCAUUUGGAUUCAAUCCUCAUUCAAUUCGGUGACCAAAUCAGGUAUAAAUAUCGCUUCAUGUGUACAUGUAUCCAAUAUCAGAUACAUUACAAUACUUAAUGACAGCAUACGAGGCCAACCCGAUCAUGUUCACCUAUGUAAGUGAGAUGUUGGGAUAAUGAACCGUGGUGAAUAUGGCCAUUUCUUGCUAGGGAUAUUAUUGUCGGAACCAAAGAUUUGAAAGAAACAUGCCAGCCACGUAGUCACACCAGUGAUCAGCGUGUUGUGGGUUAAACUAUAAUUAUUAUUUUUUAAUUUUCACUUCGGGAUGAUGGGAGUCGAUUGUAACCCGACUUGUACCUCGACAUUACCCGACAUAUUGCUCAAACAUACGUCUGUUGUAUUGGCCUAUAUUAACCCAUUCUCUUUCAUUGGAGGUAGUGUUACUCCAGCAUCAUGAAUCUUCCGAUCUAGUUUUUUACGCAAGUGUUUCGAAUCUUUGGACAUGGUGUUAUAAAAAGUAUCUUGAAUCUUUGGAUCUAGUUUUAUACUCAAGUGUUUUGAAUCUUUGGAUAUAAUGUUACGAAAAGCUUCUUGAAUGUUUUGAUUUAGUUUUAUACUCAAGUGUUUUGAAUCUCUCGAUCAACGUUUAUGCUCAAGCACCUUGAAUAAUUUUUAUCUUGUUAUAUACUCAAGCAUUUCAUACUAAAACAUCUUAAAUCCCUGGGACUAUUGUUAUUGUUACGAAUCUCGAAAUGUUUGAUCUAGUGUUAACUCAAGCAUCUUAAAUGUUUGAUCUAGUGUUAUAUUUAAACAAAUUGAAGCUUUAAAUCCAAAGUUACACAUAAGCAUCUUGAAUAAGAUAUAAUCAUCUUGUAGCGAUCCGCUCAGAUAAAUCCGGAUAUUGUUGUUCCCGAACGGUUCCUCAAGGAUAUAUUGGUCUUUUAUACGUUCUCUCAAUAAACCAAUGUCAAGCCGAGAGAUGGGGGUUUGUCACGCAAGUAUGGGAACUAGUUAUUUUGAUCAGAGGGUAAUGCUUAUAUUUGACAUUGUACGUCGCAUGUAAAAGUGUCAGUCGUCAGGUAAUGUUACUUUUGUUUGUAUUAAGUGUGGAAUGUGGAAGGUUGGACUACGUUUUCAGUGUUGUCUAUUGAACCUCAAGGACGUACCAUUCUUCAGAUCAACGUACCAGCAAGUAAAAAAACAAAAGUAAUAUACGCAUGUAUAUAACUGCCCCUUGCCCUCUGUUUCCAUGGUUACUGAUUAUUGACAAGCAUACUUUUCAUCUUUAGGCAGCUUUGAGACACCUCGGUAUGACUGAUAGGAAACAUUCGUUUCUUCAUUCAAUAUUUAUAUUCUUUCAAUGCAAUGUUUUGGCGCAGUGAUGGUGCCUCAGCAUGCAAGUGUUCACCAACUUGGAAAAACCCUGGUUAUAUACAUGUUGCUCUAAGAAUGAAAUUGAGUUCAUGACAGUUCUAGUUUAAUUAAUGGAAUAUUUUCUUUUUAAACAAAUAGACCGUAAACUACGAACUAGUUUUAUUUCUUCGUAACCGUAGUUCGUUAUACGCAUUUCGAAUAUAACAUACCUCGGGUGGUCGGGACAAAACACUGUUCGUUACAUCCGUCAUUUCGGCAUAAGCGCAUUUUAAUUGUACCUGGACUAAUUUCAUGGCUGAUAUUUCGCCUGACAGUUUGUUGUAAUAUAGAUGUAGGCCAACAAUGAUCAAACAUAAAAGUUUUGUUAUGCACAAGGUUUUGAGGUUCGUUAGCAUACCCAGAAUGACAACAGGGGUAUAAUACUUAACAGUAACACGCCCAUCAUUAAAUACAUUAGAAUGAAAGAAGUCAACAUUGUAUUAAUUUUCGAAACAAUAUUUUUAUUCAUAGCAUUAAUUAAUUAUUUUUAGAUGUAUUGUCAAUAAAUUUUAAUUUAUUGCGGGUCUCAUUUGAAUGAUGAGAUCUGAUUGAUGUUUGAUGUAGAUAUAUUGUAUGACGGGGCACGUGACAUUCAGCAUUACCACAUGUACAAACAUACUGAUACUGUGAUGGUCGAGGGUUUCUACAUAUAGACAGCCAGUUAAAGACAUUUAUAAACGGAUGAAGGGUAUGUUUCUUGUGAGUUUUAUAUGUUUUAUACGUGUUCAUAACUGACAUGAUUCAAAUACGACAGCGGAAUAUAUAUUUUCAUACGUCGUGGAUAUGAACAAACUGUAUAACUUAUGUGUUUUUGUUCAGUGUAGUUCAUAUUGCAGCUCAUGUUGCAGCUGAUGGUGUCGCAGACCACGUUGUGAGAGUUGUAGCAUUGUUGUCUGAACGAACUCAUCAAAUAACGAUAUGUGUUAAUUAAAUAAAUAUUCACGGGCUCUCUGAAACUGUGUGGCAGUCGGCCAUGUUGUGUUCAAACGAGAGAACCAGUGAUUACGUUCCUCGGUCGACAGAUAAAAUUGAUGUAGUUUUGUCGGAUGCGAUGAUUUGCUCAUGUUGUUUAUUGUCUCAGUCGUUUACUCAAGGUGUCCGUGUUAUAAAGACGUGGCCAUCAUCUCAUGUUCAUGAAUAAACAAAUCUCAACUGUG